AUGGCUUCAGAGUUGAGCUACCUGAAAUCGCUCGUGAACGAGCUCAACGAAAAAAUCAAGACGCUCGAGCAAGGCCUGCAGGGUCCAGCGGGCCCUGCAGGUUCUGCUGAGGGCAUACGUAUGAUCCUUGUCGGCCCGCCGGGUGCAGGGAAAGGGACGCAAGCGCCAAACAUUCUCAAGCGUUUCAACAACAUGGUGUGCCACCUCGCCACGGGAGAUCUCCUCCGCGAGCAGGUUGCUCAAGGUACGGAUCUCGGAAAACAGGCCAAGGCGAUCAUGGAAAGUGGUAGCCUGGUCAGUGACGAAAUCAUGGUAAACAUGAUCAAAGAGCAGCUUGAGAACAACAAAGACUGCCAGAAGGGCUUUGUCCUUGAUGGCUUCCCGCGCACCUCGGGACAGGCAGAGAAGCUUGAUUCGAUGCUUGCGAGGCGCAAGCAGAAAAUCGACAACGUCGUGGAGCUCCAAAUUCCUGACCAGCUGCUCAUCAGCCGUAUCCUCGGCCGUCUCGUCCACCCCGCAAGCGGCCGCAGCUACCACACUGAGUUCAACCCUCCCUCUGUUCCGAUGACGGACGAUGUCACUGGCGAGCCGCUCAUGCACCGCUCGGACGACAAUGAGGGGACGCUGUGUAAGCGCCUCAGUACGUACCACCAGCAAACCCGUGCUGUGACAGAGUACUACAAGCAGCGGGGUAUCUGGUCACCGAUUGACGCGACGCAGAAGCCCGCUGUUGUCUGGCAGUCGAUUUGUGCAAUCUUUGAUAAACCGAAGUGA